ACUCGCCAGCAAAGAAAAAACAUCUCCUAAAGUCCUCGGGGCGCCGGCGAAAAUUUAUUCCUAAGGAGACCAUUCGACGGCCGAGGCUAGAGGGAAGGUGGUGAGGUGGGGGGCAAACGUCAUAACGACGCGCCCGCGUAUUCUCCGAUACGUGAUGAUUGACGUCUCGUGCUGAGGGAAGAGGGGGGAAAAAUGGCGCCUGUGGGGUGCGACCGGUCUCUGGACUGGGUGUCCUGGGCUAUACCCCUUCUCCUCGCUCUGAGCGCGGAAAGUUCCCUGGCGCUGCCCGAGGUAUGCACAUAUUGUCUUGGACUUGUACAUGACACAUCAGAGGUUGGCCAUUACUGUGAGAAAGAAGAGUUAAAGCUGGAAGCACGUUGCUGUCUGACCAAAGAGGGCACCAUCGUAGGACUAGAUCUUCAGAACUGUUCCCUGAAAGAACUGGACCCACCCUUUGCUGAGGCCUAUUCUGUCAUUGUUCUGGACCUUCAAGCAAACCCCCUCCUGAAUAUAUCUACCACAGUCUUCCGUAACUUCACUAAGCUCCAGACACUGGUGCUGCCACUGAAAGUAGACUGUCCUGGAGGGUAUUAUGCCUGGGAUAAUAUGACCUGUGGCACUGACAGCUGUACCUGCCAGGGACAAAGAAGUCAGUGCAAUAGCACUGUGGAGCCAGCUUUGUGCCCUGAGAAUGCAUAUUGUGUCCCCAAUGGCCCAGGCCUCUUCCAGUGUCUUUGUACUAGUGGCUUCCAUGGCUACAAGUGUCUGCGUGAGGGUUCCUUCCCAGUCCUUCUGUUCUCUGGAAUCCUGGGCACGACCACAUUUUGCAUCUCCGUCUUGCUCUGGGGGACCCAGCUUCGAAAAAUUAGAGCCUCCUGAAUCAGGUCUUCCUGCGGACCUAAAAGUCGAAUAAAACUCUUCUCGGGCAUAGCCCAGGAAUUGCCUUGCACCGCUUGGGCCUUGAUCCUGGGUGCAGACACCUGGGGGGCGGGGAGAAGAGCUGGACUCUACCAACGGUCUGGCUGGAUCUAGACCUGGCCUGAAGUUAAGUGUUUGUAAGGGAUGUUUGCUCCUAAUAAAAGCCCCCUUUGUAAGGAA